GACCAGGAAGUGACGUUCCUACAACGUAGUGUCCACGUAGCGCCUCAAGUUGUGACGACGUAGUUUUUCAGACGUCAAAUAACACUUCGUAAAGUGUUCUUGAAUCGUAUACAACUUUCUUGAACAUGAUGGAUCAAGUUAAGAAGCUUACCGAACCUGGACGUCAAUUUGCAAAGGAUAGUAUCCGUCUCAUAAAACGAUGCACAAAACCUGACAGAAAGGAAUUUCAGAAAAUUGCUAUUGCAACUGCCAUUGGUUUUAGUAUAAUGGGUUUUAUUGGAUUCUUUGUCAAAUUAAUUCAUAUUCCAAUUAAUAAUAUCAUUGUGGGUUCAUAAGCUCACAUGAAAUAGGUAUAAUUAAGGUUUAAUAAAAUUAUUUCCCCUGUUUUCCCCUCCAAUGUAUCUUUAUUUAUAAGAUAAAAUUAUGUAUUUUGUUUUGAAUUGAUUGUGAUUGAGGCAUGAGAGUAUGUGUGUAUAAUAUUAAUAUUGAAUUUUAUAAUAAAAUGCGUGUAUAAUAUA